AUGCUUAAAAACCUGGAAGAACUGAAGGAAGAAGUGGACAAAAUGACAAGCCAACUCAAAGAUCAAGUGAAGGAGUUAAAUGGAGGUCAGUCUCAGGUUAUUGGUCCAACAGGACCUAUAGUGGCGAAAUUUGGUGAUGACAUCAUUUUGCCAUGUCACCUGGAACCUGCCAUGGAUGCUGUGAAGGAGACAUUUGAGUGGUCAAGACCUGACCUGAAGCCCAAAUUUGUCCAUGUGAGGCAUGACAAUGAGGAACUUUUGACUAACCAACAUCCAUCCUAUAAAGGAAGAACAUCAUUGUUCAGUGACAAACUGUGGUAUGGAGACCUUUCACUGAAACUUUCUCCAGUAAAACUCUCAGAUAACGGAACAUACAAAUGCUUCGUGCCUGGCAAGAGCGCAUCAACUAUUGACCUUUUUGUUGGUUCAGUCUCCUCACCUGUCAUCAGUUUAGCAGGGAAUGACGGAGACAAAGGGGGAGUGGUGUUAGACUGUAAGUCUAAAGGCUGGUAUCCAGAGCCUGAGCUGUUGUGGCUGGACGGUGAGGGAAAGCUGCUCUCUGCUGGACCUACAGAGACAGUCAGAGGUCCUGAUGACCUCUAUACUGUCAGCAGCAGAGUGACUGUGGAGAAGAGACACAGCAACAACUUCACCUGUAGAGUCCAACAGAAGAUCAUCAACCAGACCAGAGAGACACAGAUACAAAUUGCGGACACCAAGAAGCACAAUGAAGUGGAAGAACAAGGAGAGCCUCUCAGGGCAAGAGAAGAAAUGGUAAAACUGAGUCAAAAAGAAAUAAGUCACUGGGUAGAAGAACUACAACGGCAACUGGAAGAGGACAAAAGACUGAGCGACGAGCUAGAGAAGAAGCUGAAUUCAGUGGAUGACCAAGUGACAGCGAAGGCGGGAUCUAAGACUGAGAACAAAGCAGACGGUUACUUAAAGCUGAAAGAUAUCAUAACAAGGGUCAAGCAUGAGCUGGUGAACCAACAGAACAGACAUGAAAGACUCAUCAUGGAUAUGAGGAAGCUGCUAGCGAAGACACAGGAGGAGGUUGGAGGCAUUAUAAAAGACAGAAUUAAAAAACAUCAGAAGUAA